CCUUCCGACUAAAGGAUCUUUCUGCACAUACGUCGUCUAUAAAUGAUGUUACUGUUAUACUGCUGCUGACCAAGUAGUACGAGGCAAGGAGUGCCGUCGUGGUGGUGCUGACGAAAGUUGUCUGUUGUGUAUGAACAGCAGGCAUCCGACCAGUAAGCCCAGUGCUGUCGCUUCGUCAGUUUCCGCGGCUGUGGAGGUUCCCCUAUGCUGUGUGUCUACUGCGAGACGUGGGUGAGUGAGGUGUCAGUCGUCACAGCCACUGUAUUUGUGUCACAGCAGCAGCAAGAAGGACGAUGCGCCUGCCGUGCGUUGAGUAGCAACAAUAUUUCCACAGGUCGUGCUGCUGCUGUUGCUGUUGUCUGUGGGUGUGUAUGUGCGGGUAUAUCACACCCAGACAACAGGGGCAUUUUCCGCUGGAGAAGGCGAUGAUAGUUUAACAUUCGUAUCAACAUUUGCAAUAGGAGUCAACGAGCUAUCUGUCACACUGGGAUACUAACUCUCUCCGUGGCUCUCAGCAUUGAUGUGUCUGUGAGUUGGUCGCUCCAUAGCAGUCGUGAAAUCUUACCACCGAGCGGUUCGACGGCGAGUGCGUCAAGGGCCGCAGAGAUAUGCUGAUCUUGGCUAGAUGUUGCUGUUACGGCCAGCCGUCAACUGCUCGACCUGCUUCUGUUCUUGCUUCGAUUAGCACGACAACACUCAUUUGUAUGUACUCAUGGCUGCAACGAGCGGACUUACACAGUGGUAGUAAAUGUUGAUUACGACGGCGACAGUUGUGGCCUGCAGAAAAAAUUUCAUUUAUACCUUUAUCGCUCGUUAGUAGGCCACCUUAGAGCUGGGCAGCUGGCCUUUCACAUAUAGACAGCGAGGUAUAUGGACAGAGCAGCAAGACCCAUACGCUGAAAGUGUAGAACAGAGCAAGCACAAUAAAAUCUGACUUCGUCAGCCUUAUUUCCGCCAGAAACCGUUACGAGAAAAAGUAAUUUACCCAACAACAAAAAAGAACGAAGUACACAAAGGUGUGGAACGGGCGGGCAGUAGCACUUCAAUUGGUACCGAUUGCCUUGUGCCCGGCUCCGUCGUUUCUACGUACAUAGUGAUGAUUCGUCGUCGUUGGAGUGCUAGCAGUGCUCGUUUGUUAAUCCGCAAACGGCCGUAGUAGAUGGGGUUUCAUUGGCCAGCCGUGAAACCUGCGCCUUACGGACUAAUGAUAAAAAAGCGUGUUUGACAAGGCCACCGGACAUAUUUCUUUAUAGCCUAACGAGAUAAGUAAAUGUCCCUAUAAAUUGUCCGGAUAAGCGUAGUGUGAGCGCUCGAUCCGCGCCUGUGCCCUGUAUUGUUCAGUCAUGGACUGCUGCUGGGUAGGUCCAGUUCAGUGUUCGUAUCUUUCUUAUGGGUGAAAAGAUGGUUCGUGAGUGAGAAAGUGCACGUGUAGCAGCUCUUGAUCCACUCGCCAUCCGUCAUCAACCCGCAGCGUGGCCGUUUUUAUCGUCCGCCGCCGUCCUAUACAUAGUGCGGUUAGACCUGAUCUGAUUGGCCGGCUAGCAAACGACCGAGCGUGCAGGCCUGGAUAGUUUGGCCAGCUGUUACUACAGCCGCUUCUAGAUAGAAGAGGAUUCUACAUCUCUUCCGAACGCUCGUUCUCACUAGGUACGGUUGUUUCGCCAGAACUGUUUUGCAACUUUUCCGCCCGCUUCGUCCUCUGUAGGUGCGCUGUUGAUCUGAUCUGUCAAACCUCCUCGGAUCCUGCAGCCGCUGCAACUUUAGGUCGGUUCGAGAAGGAAAAAAGAAAUCAUCAUAGCGCUUUUAAUACACUAGGGACGUUAAACAGGCAAAAUGGUUGACGAAGACGGGGAGAGGAUUUGCCUCGCCGCGGCCUCUAGGACCCGACUGGUCGGCGCUCCCUUGUCCGGCGGUCGAAGAACUCCUCGGAGCUAUGGAAGUUGUGGCAGCCGUGCCAGUCAGAUGGCAGCCCGAAUCAACGUUCGGAUUGUGAAGCACCGCGUCCAGCAGAGUGAUACCCUGCAGGGCUUGGCGCUAAAGUAUGGCGUGACAAUGGAGGAUAUCAAACGGGAGAAUCGUCUGUGGACGACGGACUCGCUGUUCCUUCGCGAGUACCUGGACAUCCCGUUGCUAAAGAGUCCCAGCGGAGAUGGUCCUGCGCUGCUGCAGCUCUUAGCGUCAGGCGUUGGGGGCAGUACGAAGAACAACAGCUCAAGAGAGGCGUCCCCGUUGCCCCAGCGGGCCGUUUCCCUAGACGCAGUCGCCGCUACUGAUCAGGACGAGAACAUUCGUGACUUCCUCGGCCGUAUCGACACGUCAAUAAAGAAGACGAAGAGCCAGAUUAAGGAGUUAAACCUUCCAGGCGAUGAGGGCGUUGACGGUGGUAGGGGACCCCAAGACGGCUCAUCGCUCCCAGGUCUGACCCUCAGUACGGCCCUCAAUUCGGUCAGCUAUCAAAAUAACUAUCGGAAUAACCACUCGCAAUCGCUUGGUGACCUGUCCAACAAUGGACAGCAACGCAACUUUUCGACUAUUGACCUUGCGCCAAAAACUACCGUAGUCACAUCUGGCCGAAAGGUCAAAACUUCGCUUCAACGACACCAUCGUGAGCACGAGCAGAUGUUCGAAUUAUGAGGGUGUUUGACUAGCACAGCUGACACCAUUGCCGGUUAUUGCCAUUAUCCGAGUGGUUGCAAUUACAACACGAUAUCAAUAUCAGUGUUAAUUUCACCAUUGCCACGACUAAUAGUUCGGCAGCAAAUAGAUGAAGAAAAACGGUAAACAAGAUUGCUGAUACACUGGCUGCCUGUGGCUAAUAUACUUAAGUUGGCGAUGAUGGCGGUGAUAAUGAGCCUAAUAUUAUUAGUUGUAUUGUGGUUGAUAACGUGACGGAGCGUAAGUGGAUCGUUUAACGGCUUCUACGGCUGUUGGUACCACCACAGCGAUGCCCAUUACACUUAAGUUAAUACAGUUAUUCCAAUUGUUAAAGAACUACGAUCUUGUAAGUGCUGCUACUGGUGAAACUAUCUUGAUGGAUCUGCGACGGCAAACGUCACUUGUACAAGUCGAACAGGAGAAAGCUGUCGAAUUUCGAAUAGAAAAUAAGUUCGCUGGUGAUGCUGAAAUACAUAGUCUCUGUUGACGCUUCGUCCUUCAUUUUUUUAUGGUUUCAUCAUGCUGAGAGUUCUGUUUCGGUCUCUUCUUGACGGUGCGGUAAAAAAAAUCGUCAUAACUACAUACGUUGCGUGCGCUAGUUGAAUUAGUAGCGAAAUGAGGAGGAUUAGCAUUGGUUAGAGUUGCGUGUGUACAAACGAACCUGGAAUGCCGAGGAACCCACUAAAAACGGAAGCUGAUUGGCAUCAGAGGCGAAAAAGACCGAUAAACAAUUGUGAGCGUAUAGAUCCGUGUGUUUAGCUCGAGUUUCGGUAGUAGCAAGACUGAGAUGUUAGAUUUGCGGUUGGCGCUGGACGGCUGCAGUGCUAUCGGGAGUCGUUUCCGCGAUAGUUAUAAUACUUCUAUGUUAGCAAGUGGAAAAAGCGUUUUGAAAAGAUAACAGGGAAUAUAUGCGUGCACGAACGUAGCUUAUUUUUAUAUAAUUGGCAUUAUUAUAGACGACAAAAACGGCAGGGGCCUUCUAGCAACAACGUAAAUAAGUGUGGCGACGAGAUUAGAAUCUGAUUAAAUUCGAAGUUGUAGUAUAUACCCAACUGUAGAAACAAAAAUCGCCCAAAGGCAGGCCCAGUCAAAUAAUUUAUUCGUAGUCCGCCAGCAAGAGAGUAGCAGCAAACAAUGUUAUGACUGUAUAAGCUGCGUGUGCGCUUGCCAAAUUCGUACAUCCUGAAUAUGCAUAUUCCAUUUGCCCAGCAAAAACGAACCAACCGUCUGACAGAAGUUAAGUAAGGAUUUUAAGUACCGAACACAACUUCAAAAUUACUUCGUCUUUUGCUAUUCCCUAAAGACACUAAUUGGCACCUUUAUCCCUUUUGAACGUUCCAAGCUGGCUUGGUUUACAUUAAGUGUCCUUUUAUUAUAACGAAAAUUAGAGUUAAUCGAUUUCGCAAGAUCGGCUUCACCUACCGAAUUUUAUGAAAUGUUUUGUGAAGGGUUUCAAAAAGUGGCGUCCACUAAUCGCGUUACGAGCUGCCGGAGGAACCUUCGGAUCAGUAGCCGAAUCAUUUAAAUAUUAACUUAACAUUAAAGGGGAGCUUAUUUUAAAAUACCAUUUUCUAUUUUACUUAUCCUAUGAAAAGCUGCGGCGUUGCAAACGCAUACGGUUACAGAAUAGUUACUACAAAAAGAUUUUUUCCUUCUAUGGGCUAGGUGAAUUAAGGCCGUCGUCCCCAUGAUGCUCCUUCGUAGCAGUCAUAUCCUUUGUGUAUGGAGGGCGUUAGUUCAUAAGAAUAGUUCAUCGUCAUUCGAAUGGACAAUGUUUCAUUCUGCGAUAUGUACGGAAAAUACUUCGCUUACUACAAUGAAUAUCAUUUUAUCUACCUGUACCCCUCUGUCCAAAUAUGCUGAGAGGUGACCGAAGAUUUUACGGAUACGUGUGAGCGUGGAUGAAUUUGAUUAGACGGUCAAAUCCAAGAGUUCCUUUGUACGCAAGAGAUCUCGUACUUUCAAACUUGCGGACGUUUCUGUAUAUCCGCUACAUAAAACGAGCGAUAUGAAGCAUUUGGAAUGAAUCUCCCACGUUACGCUAAUUCUGAAACAGUGAGCAGCUCAGUCGUGAUAGCGCUUCUAAUCGUCGUACGGAGCCAUUAGAUUUUCAUUAUUCUAUCAACCACAGGGUGCUUGCUACACGUAUGCCAAAUGCAUAUGUGACGUGGAUACGUGAACUAAAUAUGGACGUGUUUUACCGCAGUUGAAGUUUCCACAAAUCAUGUUUUUCUAUAGUCAGCGUCAGGCAGCGCCUGAACUCUAAGGAAUCGUUUCGAUUGUGAUUAUAGAUAUUUACUUUAAUAACAAAACUGGUUGUUUUUUUUGUUGUAAUUUUAACGUUGCAAGUUAAAUGAAUUCCUGAUACACAUGAUAUGAACAAUAUAAAUAUCCUCAUAACAACAAAAUUGGUCGUUGUGGCACGUUUACGAAUUUUAAAGCAAAUUAUUUAGUUUCUAAUAGAAACGAUGCAAUAAUAAUAACAGCCCUCAGCAAAGACCAAAACUCUGUACAUCUGACUGACAAAAUGUCACCAACAAGUAUUUAAGUAAAUUUAUUAAGACGACAGUAAUAUUAUGACUUAACUACUGCGCUAAUUGUGAAAAUAAAAUGGAGGUAACGAAAAUAGUGUUCCUAACAAUUAUUUUACUUGAUGCGCGUAUUAGUUUUUUUUUUCGGAGUUAGUCGUGCCCAAGUGCUUUGGCUAGUUUUUUGUUAGCUAAUUAUUUAAACGACUUCCACUUGUUGUGUUUGGAUAAUUUUAUAACUUGUUGAUUUGUACCGUUUUUUGUCGGGUUGACUUCAAUUCUGUAUCUAUCUACGUAUCUACAAUACACUAGCAUCCGGCUUAGCCCUUAGCGUCGAUGUUGAGAUCUGCGAUUUGAUAAAUGGUAACUUUUUGUGGUCACUGAGGUGGCCCUUCGCCGUUGUGGCUUUGAGUUGUGCGCAUGAUACGGUAAGUGUGAUCCGUACAACUGACCGCUCGAAUGGACUACAGGUAGUUCCGGCCCUACCCCUCCCAAAUAGCCAGUUCCCGACCUUCGAUCAAACAGAUAUAAUGCCCUCAUCAUCUUUCCUGUCCUCUCUAUAGCGACAAUAUAAGAGGCCGGUCCUCAAACCUCGUUUAUUGAAACGUAAAUAUAAAUGUAACAAACAUACUAUCAUUAUUGAACUACGCAUAAUUUCUACAAAUGAAUGUACAUCACUGCACGGGGUAUAUAGAGCCUUUUGCAUAAAACUAUGUGAUCAUGAUACCCUUUUCUUUUCUUGAUCAAUGCAUAAUCUAGAAAAAUUACAUUGUAUUGAUGAAGACUAGGGAUGAAUAGGGAACUCAAUAAAUCAUUGUGAGUCUUAACAAUCUAAAGAAGAUGAAGCGUCCUUCGGAGCGUUUACGGAACGAAUUACGGAACAAGCCUUUGAACAGCUUCAGUUAUGAGUUGCUAAGUACGCGAUCAUGGCUCAUUGUUUGUCCAACUUGUAUUGUACUAUAGUGUAUCAUUAGUAUUAUUAUUGCACGUGAGUCCUGAAUAUAAUUAUAAGAAUACUUGUAGCAACUGACGAGUAGCUAUGCCGGUACAGACCUUACGUUCGAAUUAGCGGCAACGUAAAAAUAAUAUCUGUGAUGUCAGUGCUAGUAAUGUACAUAUAUAGGACAAGAGUAUCGUCAUGACUGAUUAGUUGUUUUGCUCAACCCCCGUCUGCCUCGUUUGUCGAGACCCCUUCCAUUUUAGAUUAAACAGGUUUCUUUUUACGCCACCAAAUUCAAACCCACUUUGUCUUUAUUUAUGGAUACAAAAAUAUUCGUCCAGUUUUAUUUAAUCCAACUAAAAUAAAGAAGACGUAAUCUUCGGCCUGCCUUUACCACAAAAUCAUUUAAGCAAUAGUGAGGUAUAUAUAUGCAUGUAUAAAAUCGAGUUUUACUUAGAUUUAUCUAACUUCGUCUGUAUGCUGAGUGUGCUUCGGCGUAGAAGAGGAGGCACCGCAUGUUUUAACCUGUUCUUCAUGAUUACCAGAUUAAAGCUAUGGUUAUCGUGUGCGCCGAGGGUUUGUUCCCAAUCGUACCGCGUACUUCAUAUCAGAAAAUGUAGUGCCGUGUAGGAUCCGAGGCCGAGGUGCCGAUUCAUUCAUGUGUUCGUUUAUUUCAACGAUGAGUAACGACAACAGUUAAUUCCAGCGUAGACUAAAUAGAAAACAAUGUAACACUUGACACGGAGCAGAGUUCACAAGCGUAUGAAUAUCUAUUCAGACGUGUACGAGACGUUUUACUGUAAACCGUUCGAUUGAUUUACUGUGUAUUGUUCGCUAUGCAAUAAAUUAACAGGCCGUAUUUAGUGUGCGUGCAUGUUUAUAAUAAAAAAAAAACUGCUACCAGCCAAAGGAAAUGGUUGCGAGCAUUUGGUGUCGGCUAAUGAAAUCUCCUUCUCGAAUUACAGAGUUACUGCUGUUUAGAAAUGUAAACUUUUACGUUAACAGUGUACUAACUUAUCCGCAACAAAACGUCUCAUGGAGACGUAUAUAGAUGAACGUACUUAAGCCGAGAGUACUACGUUGCAUCUAGAAAGUUAAAUGAAACGACAAUAUGGUUAAUGAUAAUAAUCAGACGCAGUUGAGUUGCGGAGACUCACUAGGUAAGGUAUGGAACAAAUAAACAUCCAAAUGUUGAAACAUAAAAAUGACUCCAAUUAAUAUUGCGGAAGAUAUUUGACAAACAAAUGAACUUCACUUAAAAACUACCAAAGUAGUAUUUCUAAGAGUAAAACAGAGAUAUCUCCCGAUGAUGGGUUAUUAGCAAACGGACAUGGGGUGUGUGAAAAAGAAACUAUACAUUUCAAUGAUAUUAAAAAUUGCAAUAAUAAAAGAGCGGCGGCAUAUAAAGGGCAUACGUAAAUAUACAGAAAGGUACAUUAUGCAGAAACGUGAUGUCAAAAACAAGCUGAUGAAGCAACAAUUUUACCAAAAGGAGAACAGAUACAUUGUAUAGGAGAAUGGCGGCUACCGCGGCCGAGAGGGGCGACGGUGCGGAGCAGAAAUAAUUGACGAAAGCAAUGAAUAUAUGUUAAAUAAAAUUGAUGUUGCGGCUUGGUGUUUGUUUGGGCAAAAUAUCGAAAUGCUAACGGCCUGGACGGGCGAGCCGCAUCGAAGAACUCAAACGACUCGCUCGUUUUUAUUGCAUGUAUUUUUAGGCAAUUUUUUUGCAAUUCGACAUAUUUUUCUAUUUUAUAAAUAAACAGUGUCUCCUUUUCAGGUCUCAAAUGAGGAGUUUGUUUUCC